CUGGCAAGAGAUGAAACAAUGAUCUGGUCCACUCCUGCUAUUGCGACGAUCAAAGCUCAGUCAUAUUUACAGUGCAGAUCCAAACCGAAACGUAAAUCCAAUUUGGUGAAUGAAGGCUCCCUGAUCCUCAUCGUUCCAGGCAUGCACUUGUAAAAUCCGAAUUUAGAGGAACAACUUUUCACCCUGAAGACAUUCAGAAGAUCCCCUACUAACUUUCAGUUCAGACAAGAAAAGGAAAGUUCUUCGAUCAAGCUUUUUAAUCUUAGAUCUGGCUAAUCGUUCGUCAGCUCACCAUUUGUGAAUUUAAAAGUGUUUUAGAAAUCCAAAGAAUUCAAAUACUCGUUGAACUGGUGAUCUUUUCUAAAGGUUACUGCGCUGUGCAUUUCCACCACUCGGAAUCGACUUCAUAUCCUCCUAACAGGCCUAUCCGAAGCAACUUUUCGUUUUUCGAAAUUUAUUGAAUUUCGUUUUUUCCUCAUUCUAGUUUCUAUCCUUUUCAAAGAAAUUGAUUCGACAAGAUGUCCAAGUCUUACGCUGUUGGUAUCGAUUUGGGUACGACGUACUCGUGCGUCGGUGUCAUGAAGAACGACACCGUCGAGAUCAUCGCGAACGAUCAGGGUAACCGAACGACCCCGUCGUACGUCGCUUUCACCGACACCGAGCGUCUUAUCGGUGAUGCCGCCAAGAAUCAGGCCGCACGCAACCCGGAGAACACCGUCUUCGAUGCCAAGCGUCUAAUCGGUCGUAAGUUCACGGACACGGUUGUGCAAUCCGAUGCCAAGCUCUGGCCGUUCAAGCUCAUUUCCGGAUCCGGCGAUAAGCCCAUGAUCGUCGUCCAAUACCAGGCGGAGGAGAAGAAGUUCCACCCGGAAGAAAUCUCCAGUACUAAACCAAUACUUCACCACAUUUAGAUUUAGCUCUGAUUUACUGGGCUCUUGAUGUGUCUGAUAUCUUGCGAAAGAUGAUUUAGAUUUACGAGGUCACGACCGCAAUUUCAUGUGUGUUAGUGUCACUGAUGCUAGAUUAUUCGUUGAAGUAUUUUUCAUUACCACUGGGAAGCGUCAUAUUGAAAAGCAAUAGCUUAGCAAUCUGCACGUAUAGUACCUCACGGGAAAAAUACGUCCAACGGAAUCUCCAAUUACCAUAAUCUCAGGUAUGAUCUUGACGAAGAUGAAGGAGACUGCCGAGAGUUACUUGGGAGGUACCGUCAAUGACGCCGUCGUCACGGUCCCGGCUUACUUCAACGACUCCCAGCGUCAGGCCACCAAGGAUGCUGGUUCCAUCUGCGGCUUGAACGUGUUGCGUAUUAUCAACGAACCGACGGCCGCCGCCAUCGCAUACGGUCUCGACAAGAAGGGAGCAGGCGAGCAGAACGUCUUGAUCUUCGAUAUGGGAGGCGGUACUUUUUUCUAAACACCGGAUAAUAUGCGAAUUGAGAUCUGAGAAGAAAGGAUUUGGUUACAUGUUGUUGGUUCAGAAACUGCACGUUGUGUGUUGUAUGCACUUAAAGGCUAGUGCAUGUGAUUUAAAGCCAUCAUACGAGCGUCCACUCUGCAAGACUAGGUCUACAGAGAAAUCUAAAGCUUUCCUCACAAACAAAAACAGGUACCUUCGAUGUGUCUCUUCUCACUAUCGAGGAUGGUAUCUUCGAAGUGAAGGCCACUGCCGGUGAUACCCAUUUGGGUGGUGAGGAUUUCGAUAACCGUAUUGUCGAUUUCUGCGUCCAGGACUUCAAGCGCAAGAACCGUGGAAAGGAUUUGACCGGAAACCAGCGUGCGCUCCGUCGUCUCCGCACUCAGUGCGAGCGUGCCAAGCGUACCCUGUCGUCCUCCACCCAGGCCACCAUCGAGAUCGACUCUCUCUUCGAGGGAAUCGACUUCUCCUGCACUCUUUCCCGAGCACGGUAAUAGCAACUGUUUUCUCUGACUCUUGAUUUAGAGAGAGCAGAAUUUCUUCAAUGACCAGCUCUGCGACUAGAAAAAACUAAGGAAGAGCCAAGACCCAUUUUCCAUCUAUGUCAGUCUGUGUUACAACUAGUAUGGACACUUCACAUCCGAACAGCACAACACAACUAUCAUUGUACAUCAACAUCACUUCAAAACAGAUUCGAAGAGUUGAACAUGGAUUAUUUCCGUAACGCUAUGGGGCCAGUUGAGAAGGCUCUCCGUGAUUCCGGAGUCGACAAGAAGAACGUCAACGAGAUCGUUCUCGUUGGUGGUUCCACUCGUAUCCCGAAGGUAUAAGAAACUAUAUAUUUUCGAAAAGCAGUCGUAUUGACUUAUACUCUAGAACAGAGUAGUUGUCCGUUUUGAAUCUGUGAAUGUCUUCUAAACUUUCGUUGCAUCCUUGUCUUCGUCUUGAUUCAUCGUUCUUCACAUAAAACCCGUUCUCAGGUCCAGCAGCUCCUUCAGGAGUUCUUCAACGGAAAGGAGCCGAACAGGUCUAUCAACCCGGAUGAGGCUGUCGCCUACGGUGCCGCCGUCCAGGCCGCUAUCUUGACCAACCAGGGAGGACCAACCACCACCGAUAUCUUGUUGUUGGAUGUCGCACCAUUGUCCAUGGGUCUCGAGACUGCUGGAGGUAGCAUUUGUUACAGACGAAAGGAUCAAUGAGAAUUAGAUGACAAUUAAAAAACAACUUGCAGCAUGACAUUUUAGCUGUUGUGACAUUUUCGAAAUAUUCCCCAUCCAUUCCUCUCUUCCCAUUCUACUACAACAGGUGUCAUGACCAAGUUGAUCGAGCGAAACACGACUAUCCCAACCAAGAAGAACCAGACUUUCACCACCUACGCUGACAACCAGCCGGGUGUGUUGAUCCAGGUCUUUGAGGGUGAGCGUGCCAUGACCAAGGACAACAACCUUCUCGGUAAGUUCCACCUCGAUGGUAUUCCGGCUGCCCCGCGUGGCGUCCCGCAGAUCGAAGUCACCUUCGAUGUCGAUGCUAACGGUAUCUUGAACGUGUCUGCUCAGGACAAGGCCUCCGGAAAGAGCAACCAGAUCACGAUUACCAACGAGAAGGGACGAUUGUCGCAGGCCGAUAUCGACCGCAUGGUCGCUGAGGUAAUUUGUCCAACAUACUUGAAAUCCUUACCUUGGGCUACCUUCUGUUUUUUCAUCAAUAGAAGUUUCUUUUUCAGUCCAUGUUGCAAACCAAUUUAUUUUUUCUCACUUCUGUAAUUCCGCACGUCACCACUAUCACAGGCCGAGAAGUACAAGUCGGAAGACGAGAGCAACAAGGUUCGUAUCGAGGCCAAGAACGGACUCGAAAACUACUGCUUCAACAUGCGUAACUCCCUUGAUGAGCCGAACUUGAAGGACAAGUUCGAGGGUGACGACAAGGACAAGAUCGAAGCCGCCGUCAAGGAAGCCCUUGACUGGCUCGACAAGAACCAGAUGGCCGAAAAAGACGAGUUCGAGGCCAAGCAGAAGGAAGUUGAGGGUGUCGCCAACCCGAUCAUGAUGAAGGUGUACCAGGCCGCAGGCGCUGGCGCCGGUGAGGGAGGCAUGCCAGGUGGCAUGCCAGGAGGCGGCAUGCCGGACAUGGGCGCUGGCGGCGCUGGCCCGACCGUUGAGGAAGUCGAUUAAGCGACUUUUCAUGACUAGGCUCUACAAACGACUUCUACUACUACUAGUAGUAGGUAGGUGGAGAAAAGAGGAAGACUACAACACGUGUCAUCUUCUUCGAUUACCAGUGCAAGUGUAGGUCAACUCAACGAUUGAAGGACAAGAAAGCAACAUCUUUUACAGCUUGAUUUCACGUUUUCUUUUCGGUUACAACUUGAAGGAACAACAACAUGCAGUAUAAGAAUGAAGUAGAUCAUGAUCUGGGAGGUGAAAGCGAACCAAGAGGGGAGAUUGGGGUGUGCAGCUGUGGUGAGUGUACCGACAACAUUUGCGAUGCUGAAAACUGAAUCUCUCUUGGGAACAACACGAUCUUCGAUAUGAAUACUUUUCGGAUAUACGAAUGGAUUGCCGGGUAGAAGUAGGACAAAACACACAUAUUUGUGUUGUGAUAGUUAGGUAAAAGCAGGUCUAUUAAAGCUAGUUAGUUAGGAUCUUCGUUAGGACGACACUUCCGUUGUAUUUUCUAGGGUUCUGGCGUCUUCUUAGAAUAAUGCUAUUCUGUUUCAGAAGAAGGGGUGACACGAAGUUCGACCAAGUUUAGACUGUGCAUGAAUUUAGAACGAAGAAUUCAGACGUUUCAAACAACUUAUAUGGUCAAAAAACGAUUUGGUCUUGAUAGGCGUAGCAAAAAGCCAUUCAGCUAUGCAUGAUUUUUCUCUUCAUAUUGAUUCUAGAUAAACGAAGAUCGAAGGCCGUGCUCGACCGUUGUGAUGAGUUCUUUGCACACCAUGAUGGGAGAAGAGAACCACUCAGUAGAGAAGAAGCAGUACCAUAUUGGUGCGCAUGAACAUAUUCGUAGACUACAUAAUAGGACUACCCACAUAAUCAGCGAUGGAACACAUCUUUUAUAGUUUGAUCUUCUCUCCUUGAGUAGAAGCUAGAUUGUAAGUUGGUUGUAAUGACUGAUAAAUCUUAGUGUGAUCUUCCUAUUUUUUUGAUGUACAGCUGGUUGCAAUGUACUCGACGCUCUUCGCACAUGGCAUGCUGUGUGGCCACAUGUGAUAUCAUGACCAUCAAAGACUUUAACGAUGCUCAAGUGGUGAAAGGCGAUCUCUUGGUGGGAACCUUUUCCGGGAAGGUUCCAUGACUUUGGAGAUCCGCUAGUAGCCUGCUUCAAAAACCGCUUUCUUGCGUUGUCACCUCAAAGACUUCUCCUUUUUAU